UUCAUCCUUAAAUAGGGUCAAAAAUUUACGGAAGUCAAACCCCCGGAAUUCCAAGUAACCUCAAUAUUGUUUGUAAUAUGUCCUUUAACUGUAUGGAGUUUUUAAUGACUUUUUCACUCAACUCAGCUCCUCCAAGAACGUAAUCUAUACCGUAAGCGGUCAAUGUCUGUUGGUAUCAAUGACCAAUUGCUGAUCAGCCGACUAACCUUAUUAAACGAACUUUACAAGUCUUCCUAUCGAUUACGUGACGGUUCGUCUUUCCUUCGACCUCGUUUCCAAACUAAAACACUUCUUGUCACGCAAAUCACAGCAUGGCGGCAGGCAAUGAUGGCGAAAGGAGUGAAGGAAAUGUGAAAUCCUUUCAGGUGGCAGUCAUUGGAGCGGGAUUAAGUGGCUUGUUUGCAGCAAGGGUCCUACGGGAAUACGGUAUUGACGUGGCAGUUUUAGAAGCAAGAGACCGGGUCGGUGGAAGGACGUUUACCGUAACGGAUCCCAGUUAUGGUUUCUGUGAUCUGGGUGGUGCAUAUGUGUGUGAAACUCAGACAAGACUGCUACGACUUGCCAGCCAGCUGGGAGUGGAAACAUAUCGAGUCUUUGGUCAGGGACAAUCUGUUGAGCAUUUUCUGGGAAAAAGAGUAACCAAGCAAGGGGCUCUUCCAUCUAUGGGAUCCCUAUUAGGGGCUCUAGAUGUGAACAAUUUUUGGCAGCUCCUAGACAAAAUGGCCCAUGAGGUUCCUUUAGAGGCCCCCUGGAAUGCCCCAUGUGCUUUAGAGUGGGAUAAGAUGACUGUUAAGCAGUUAAUUGAUCAGAAGUGUUGGACAAGAUAUGGAAAGGUUGCAGCAGCUGCAUACGUACAAGGGAUUCUCACUUCAGAACCCCACGAGAUCUCCUUGUUAUUCUUUCUGUGGUAUUUGCAUUCUGGGGGAGGUACAAAACGUAAUAUUGAAUUUGAGGAAGGUGGUGGCCAGGAAAUGAAAUUGUAUGGAGGCUCACAGACGAUAAGUGAUAAAAUGGCUGAACAUCUUUGUGAGAGAGUAAAGCUAAACAGUUGCGUUGUUGGAAUUGAAGAAUUUGACGAUCAUGUUAAAGUUAGAUGUGUAGAUGGAAAAAAAUACAAGGUAUCGUUUGUUAUAUGCACAAUUCCUCCAGCUCUUCUCGGAAAAAUCAGCUUCAAUCCUCCACUUCCAGCCCUUAAAAAUCAGGCAAUUCAAAGAAUUCCUGUGGGUUCUAUCAUAAAGACUGUAACAUUUUAUCAACGGCCGUUCUGGAGAGAAAAAGGUCUCGCGGGCUAUUUCAACUCAGAUGAAGGUCCGGUGGAAGAAGGAUAUGAUGACACUAAACCAGAUGGUUCACAUCCAGCUAUAAUGGGGUUCAUACUGGCAGAUCAAGCACGCGAGACAACGACUCUUACAAAACAAGAAAGACAGAAACGGGUCUGCGAACAAUACGCCAAAAUUUAUGACACCAAGGAGGCACUGAAGCCCGUCCUGUAUCUUGAGAAGAACUGGAUGGCAGAUGAAUUCGCUGGAGGCUGCUAUGUCGGUACAUUUCCUCCCGGAGUAUUGACAAGUUACGGGAAAGUGUUACGGAUGCCUUUCGGUCGGGUGCAUUUCGCUGGUACCAUUACAGCGUCACUUUGGGCCGGCUACAUGGAGGGUGCAUUGGAAUCCGGGGAACGAACAGCUCUUGAGGUCCUCUGCAGACUUGGAAAGAUGACAGAAGAGGAAACCAAGAAAAGACUUAGCCCUGAGGGCUUAGAAUCCAAGUUUUUAGAGUUCUCAUUCAUGGAGAAGUACCUACUGCCGUCUGUUCCAACGUUCUUGGCGUGUUCGUCUGUCCUCGGAGGUGCAGCUAUUUUCUCAGUUGUUUGGUGGAGAUACCAUUCAAAUUAAACAAACUUUCAUCGGUCAACAUGAACUGGAAGCAGCGAAAUUUAAAAUUAAACCGCAUGAAAUUGACUGAUAAAGCGGUUUUCAAUUGCGUUGAUUGGUUUUGGUUGACGAAGUGGUGCGAGUUUUUGAAGCCAAUCGCUUAGCGAAGUAACGAAAGAACCGAGUCAAAUUCGAUGCUCAAGUGAAAACCGCCUUAGAGAAAAGGAUUCCACCUUGUGAUAAAAACCACAAUGCUUACAGUCGACUCUCUUAACAUGAGCAACGUCGCAAAUUUUUCAAGUUCGUCGUUCAAAGUAAUCUUUCUCCGUCUACUUUAGUCUCAGCCAUCCAUAUUUCUUCAGUUAAGUUGUUUUUUUCUGUUGUUGCGAGGACAUAAAACGGAGACAGGUUGCGGCGACAGUUUUCCUCUUGAGACAUGCCCGAUUUUGCGGAAAAGUUCUGUUACGGGAACAAGAUUUGUCCCCGCGACAUGAUGUAUGAAAUUCUCAGCUGGUUUGAAUUCGUGCGUCGUGAAGCAGGGACGAAAAGAACCCAAUUUUAAGAACACAUGUUUAUGCCUCAAUCCGGUGCGUGUGCACCAGCUUGCGAACUGUUCCUCUAACAUGUGUUCUAUGCGUACACACAAAGGGGCUUGUUCCCGCUUCACGUGCCCGCAUCGUGUCCCCUAGUGUGUCCCGGCGACCUUUAAGAAAUAGAAAACACUUUCGUGUUUUUACCGAGUUACAGAGUUACGAGUGGAAGUUUGAAAGAAAAGGAAUGCUGUGAGACCCGUGCCGCAGGCAAGUGUUUCUAAAGCUUUCUCUAGUUUCUUCAAACGUUCACGGGAAAGAAAACACUACGAGAAAAAGAAAAGCAAAGUCGCUCGUUUAUUCGCGAUUAUCAAAACGUAAGUGUAUCAAUGAAGACAGAAAUCGUGAAUCUAUGGUUGGACUUGAUCAAAGAGUAAAUUUUUAGCUGUGUUGUAUUUUAAUUGUUGGUUUUCAUCGUUUUGUAGUUAAUAGUUUCUUGUUUCAAGGUUUUUAUGAUUGCAAUAGAACUUUCAGUGCUUUUUCUCUCUAAUUAUUUAUAAUUGUACAGUUUUCUUCAUGUUAAUUUUAUCAGGGCCUCUAUUGAUCUCAGGUGCUAUUUCUUCGGAGAUUGCAACCCCGAUAAAGAGCGUUUUCACUUACACGGCCAGCAGCCAUGCAGAGUUAUUGGAACGAAAUAAAGUGUUUACACAAGAAAAGAGUUCAACUCCCACAAGACUGGUUUGGGGCACCAAAGCCCCGUCCACACUACCUAAGAUAAAUUUUGAAGCGCAGCCCUAUUUCUACGGUUAGGCCUGCCGUUCACACUGAUCCGUCACGUUAACGGAGCUUUUCGAAAACGCUCUUCAAAC